CGUAGUCUCACAUUGCCAGAAACGUAGACGACGAUCAAUCAAUACUUGAAGGCAUCUGCUUUCGUCAGCACUCGAGGUACAGCAAUAUUCCCUCGCUAGAGUGUAUUGACAGAGCGAAAAAUGAACAACAACCGGGGAUCCGGCGCGGACAACGAGCGUGAUAUGAACGACGUCGCCCGUGCGCUAAGCGAAGGAUUGCUACAGAUAGCAGCGGAAGUUUCGAGUCAACGGGGUGACAGCGGGAGUCAGUCUGGGCAAAUCUUUCGUAUGGAAGGUUUGGCGACGCCGAGUAGUCAGGGAGUUGGCGUAACCACAGGCAGUUUGCCGCUUCGAGACCAAGACGCUGUUAGUACACUUGUACAAAGACUAGCACAGGGAAUGCAGACCUCUGCAGCCCAAGGCGGACCACCCCAGCCAAGUGGACUGUCUCAGCCAAAUACGGGUGUGGCCCUCUCUACUCCAUCUUCUACUCUUGAUGUGAAUCAGCUGGUGGCAAUGAUCCAACUCGUCGCGGCACUCAGCGCAAACAGCAGUUUGAUUGCAGAGAACACCAACCAGUCCCUGGAGUUGCUAAGGCAGCUACAAGUAGCUUCUCACCACGCCCAGCUAGCGUCGGUUCAUCAGCAAAAUAUCCAGCUCCUAAAUCAUCUUCGGACAGUGCAGAAUGGGCUGGUGUCCGGCUCAAGUGAAAUAGUUCCAAACCCAGUAAGGCCGACGAACUCACAAGCCAUUACAACCGCAGACUUUAUGAAGGAACUUCGGCAGAAUAUUGUUCCGGUGUCAUUCCAAGCACAGCACUUUCAGCCAGCCAAUAUCGGAACACAGGCAAUCCCUGGCAACGUUGGCAGUGGACCUUCGAAUUCCACUGCACCGCAAAACAAUAGAAUUCCGGUCGAAAACAUAACCACACGCUGCCCAGAACUUGCUACCUUUCCUCAAAACAUUCAUCAAGGAGACGCGAGUAUUUCUGGAUCUCCUGAAAGUCGUCACGCUUUGCUGAGCUCGCCCAUACACCGGCAGAUACCAGUGCAACUACGGAUGGAAGGCUACGAACCAUUUCCGAAAAAGUUGUAUCGCAUUCUCGAAGACGCAGAGCGUCACGGACAGGAAACAAUCAUUUCCUGGAUGCCUUCUGGAAAGUCACUAAGGAUCCAUGAUCCUGACACUUUUAUGAAGGAAAUUGCCCCAUUGCAUUUUCGGCAUUCGAAAUACACGUCCUUUAUGCGGCAGUUGCAAAUGUACGACUUCGUACGCGCAGCCGAAGGAGCGUACAUUGACUGCUAUGCGCAUCGAGAUUUCCAGAAAGGAAAGCCAGAAUUAUUGUCCAAUUUACGACGAGUUCAGGUAAAGUUGAAAAGGCCUCCCAAGAGUGAAGCGGGCGAUGAAAACGCGGACUAAUAAAAGCAAACCCUCCACCAGAGCUAGAGAGCGGUGACAAAGGUGUCUCUCGAAGUCUGAUUCCAUCGAGAGGGAAAUGAUCGUUGGAUGCAGGAAGAACAGCGUUGCUCAAAGCGAACCCGUCCUACACAUGCGUCGGAAAAUUGCCAACAUUAAAUUGAUGUUGUAGCAACAGACAAAGGUGUGGCACAGUUUCACGAGGCCCUCCUUUUAGCCGCGAUGUCUCGAUUUAUGAACAGUCCUUUCCUUUUUGCCAGAAGGACCGUGAAAGUGUCGACCACGGCCAUGUGGUGCGGCAGCGUGGGCUCCCGUGCAAAAGAUAGGUCGCCAUUUCCAGGAAACCAAAAUCUUUUAAAAAUUGACUACCCCCAUGGUCUCGAGGUAUUUAGCCGAGAAAAACUGUUUCUAUGUGUAUUCCAUUUCGAAGUCCACGACAUUGAAUUUCAAUGCCAGAUCUGAAAGAACCAAUAAACGAAUUGGUGCGUCAUUCCCCCGCCACUUGGUCUUUUUCUCUCCAAUUAAUAUAACAUAAUGAAAAUUAUGGAAAUUGAUUC